CGUCCAGGACACGUAGUCACCAACAUGACGAAUCUAGCGCGAGGCCCGAGCUACGGCACCAUGGAAGCGUCUGGCGCCGAGAUGGCGGCAAGCAGCAUUCGCGAAGGGACCAAAGUGUCGCCGGAAGGGAAGGCCGUCCGGGCGUCCCUUCAACCGAACCGGUUCAGCUUUAGGCGGUCACCUGUGCCGCCGUCGUUAGGAGUGCACGACCUGAACGCGAACAAUCCGUUCGUUGCCUUGACGCCGUGGUCGUCCGCGUCGACGUACGAAGUGUGUAAGAUGGUGUUGAUGUGCAUCCUUCUAGUUCCUUUGAUUCGAAUCGUGCUGUGUGUGCUGCUCUUCGUGCCGAUUGUGAUCCUGGCCACGAUCACGACUGCCGGCCACCGUGGGUUCGACGCCGACGGCGUUCCUGUUCCGCUGAGCCCGUGGCGCCGCACGAUCGGACUUCCCAUCAAGUGGCUUAUCCGCGCUGUCUUGUUUGUGUUGGGAUACUAUUAUAUCCCCGUGACAAAGCCGACCAAGCCGAGCCAAGUCAAGCCUCGAGUGAUUGUGGCCAACCACAGCACUUACAUCGACGGAAUCUUCCUCGCGGCGUACACCCACGGCAGCGUGGCCAUGAUGAAGGAAGUCGCGGACUUGCCGUUGAUCGGCCCUGUCAUUCGGUCGUUGGACCCCAUCUUGAUCGAGCGGCGGUCCGAGCACGGGCGAAAGAAGGCGCUGGACGACAUUCGCGAGCACAUGGUGAACGAGGCGUUUCCGCCGCUUGUGAUCUUUCCUCAGGGCUUGACGUGCAACCCCAACUUUAUCACAAAGUUCAAGAAAGGAGCAUUUACGGAAGGGCUGCCGGUGCAGCCAGUUCUGCUCCGGUACCCGUACAAGCACCUCGACAUCAGCUGGUUCCCGUCGGUGGAUAUUCUUCCGCUCUUCUUCCGCCACUUGUGUCAAUUCCGCAUGUACCUUGAAGUGACGUACCUCGAGCCAUACGUCCCCACCUCAGAAGAAAUUGAAAACCCCGACUUGUACGCUGAAAACGUCCGGCAGGUGAUGGCGUCGGCCCUGCCUGCCAAAUGCACCAACCACGCAUUCGAAGACGUUCGCCUCUUGCUGCAAGCUGGUGUCGGUGAAUACGCGCGCCGCCACGUGAUCAACCACACAACGGUUGGAGAAGUGUACAAGUUGAUGCACCUGACUCACGAAGAGAUCGAAGGCCUUGUCCGCAACUUUGCCGCCAUCGAUACCGACCACGACGGGCGCAUUGGACUGACCGAGUUGCAGACUCUCUUCGACGAGUCGCCUGGGUUUGUCGAACGACUCUUUGACUUGCUAGACGCGGAUCAAGACGGCCGCAUCGACUUUCGAGAGCUGUGUCUGGGGCUGUCGUCGCUGAACCAGCCCAAGAAAGAAGAGUCCACCGAAGCGUAUCGCACGCGCCUGUCGCGAUUUGUGUUUUCACUCUACGACACGGACAACAGCGGCCGCAUGUCCCGCCACGAACUUGUCGCAAUGCUCAAGCAACUUCGGUCCAAAACGGGGCUGUUUGACCACGACGCAGCAGUCGACAACCUCGUCACGACGUUCGACCUCGAUCUGGACGGCGAGAUAUCCGCCGACGAAUUCCUCCGCCUGACGGAGCAUCAUCCCGAGUUGCUCGACCAAGUCGUUGAUCGCCUCGCGGCCCUCAAGAAGCCCAGCAAAGCGUAGAAACAAAUUGGUCCAUUUGCACAUUCGAUUGCACUUGUAUAUGACCUUUUCAUGUCCUGACGGGACGCCGACGGGUUAUUCGAUGGACACGAGGGCGUCACAGUAGAGAGG